AUGAAGCUUUCACUUUCACUUCUUCUUUUAGCGGCUGUCCUCCCGCAGCGACCGGCUGAGCAUGACCUGAUGUACGAUGAUGGUGUCAUUCGUCGCAUUAGCGCUUCGGGUUGUCACUCUACAACCGUUCGUCACCUCCGUGGCGUAGCCGGAACUAGCGACCAUCUCGGCCUCGACGAGUCCCAGGUCAAAGACUCACAAUUGUGGUUUGCCUUGACGCAUCAGCGUCACAUCGAACUCGCGCAGGAGCUCUACACCAACGCGACACGCGAGAAGAUCGCCCUACUCCAAUUUCUACACCGCAACGCAGAUGCAACCCAUGAGAGCGACAUCGAGCGAAGCCGAAAGGUCGAGGAGCAGCUGGAGUCCAUCCGCCAGUCUUUCUCUUCCUCGAGAUCGGUUCUGCAGAACCUCGCGGAUGUCGCCUUCCGCCUCGAUUUCAUGCAAGGAAGACUCGAAGACUCCAUCACAUACUUCUCUGAGGGCCAGCGAAAGUCCUGGGACGACAUGACCGAGCACAUGAAGCACUCUCUCGCGAUCGCCAUCCACCGAGCCCAGGAGGACCUUUCUCAGCUGCAGAGGGGAGCAGUCCACGAGAAUGCCCUUCGUGACUUGGGGACCCAGUGGCUGGACCAAGCUGAGCAUCUUAAUGAAGUGCUAGAUGAGGUUGAUCACAAGGCAGCAAGCCUAGCUCCGCAGCUCGCGGCCUUCUCAGACGACUUCAUGGAGCACCAGAACCAAGUACAAGAGUCGGUUAAGCUGGCUCGCAUUCAAACUGCCAUGUACGCACGGGAGGUACAAGAUGCGUUCUCUCUUCUCAACAUCAGUAUCAAGUCUAUCGCACUUCCGUCGCCAUCGCUAUGGGGAUCGCCAGGUACCUCAUUGGUCAGCUUGUUAAGUGGAUCGCCUUUGUUCCUCGACCACCAUCGCCAGUUCUGGCCAGGGAUUCAGAUGGGCCUCUGGAUCGUGUCGCAUGUGCUGAGGGCGCUGUGGGCGGGCCUCUAUGGAAUCGACCCGAUUGCUAAGCACACGACAGGAAUCACGGAGCUCGCAGUCGUGACAUGCUUCCUCUCACCCAAGAUCAUCACCUACUGUCAGCCCAAGACGACCCCCGAGGAGGACACGGCCAAGGGCCAGUGGGUACUGGUGGACAGUGACCUGAACCACCGCACAGGUCUGACCUUCCUGUACCUCUACUACCGGCGCACGCGGCGCCUUGACGUUGCUCUCGUGACAGACCUGCAAAUCGUGCCGGACCCGCCGCCCACUGAGCUUGUAGCCGACGGCUGGUUGCAGGCCCCUGGCAAUCUACGUUCGGGCGUAUUUCCACGCCAGCCCAAGUUGAGGCUCCUUUACAAGAUCGAGGCGCAGGGCAAACGCCAGCACAUCACCGAGGUGAUGCCACACUUUGGUGAUGGCGCGCCGUUCUUCGGCUUUGAGCGCGUUCCAGGUGGAAAGGUCGUCGACGGCAAGAAGGGGCGAUGGCAGAGUGUGGACAUUGUCUACCGUCGCGGCAACCCCAUCGCGCCCGCGAUCGAGGCACCCAAGUUCCGCAUCGACGGGUCGUUCAAGAUCAUGCAGAUCGCAGACCUGCAUUUCUCGGUCGGCAAAGGCGAGUGUCGCGACACGGAUAAGAACCCAUGUGCAGCAUACCCGGACACGGCGGCAUGGCUGGCCGAAGCACUUGAUGCCGAGAAGCCCGACAUGGUCGUGUUCUCAGGUGACCAGCUCAAUGGGCAGAAGACGAGCUACGACAGCCUCAGCGUGCUCGCCACGUUUGCCGAGCCCGUGAUCGCCCGCAAGAUCCAGUGGGCAGCAGUAUUCGGAAAUCACGACAGCGAGAUUGCAGAUGAUCGUGAGAUGCAGAUGCGUGCUCUCGCGAGCAUGCCGUAUAGCCUCGCUCGACUCGGUCCGGCUGAAGUUGCGGGCGUAGGCAAUUACGACGUGCGCAUCCUCUCACCAGACGCCUCACGCACCCACAUCUUCACCCUCUACUUCCUCGACUCUGGUGCGUACAAGAAGUCGAUGUUGCCGUUUGUCCAGCCCGGUUACGACUACAUCCGCGAGUCACAGACCGAGUGGUUUCGCAAGACCUCUGCGACCGUCGACCCGAUCGAGCGACCCUUCCGCCCCGAUGGGGCUGACGAUCUCGGCAAGAUCUGGAAGCGACGACUGGGUCGACGGCAGUCGACCCCGACGUUCGCAAAGCCAAACGCCAUGAUGUGGUUCCACAUCCCGCUGGUCGAAGCCUAUGACCCGGCGGAUCCGACGGAUGAUGCUGCCUUUGCGGACAGCAAGCUCAACCUCGGCACGUCCGACGCGCCUGACGACAAGAGUGUCAGUAGGCUUACGAACGGGGGCUUCUUCUCCAACGGCAUCGAGAAAAUGCUGGAGAGCGAUGGCGAACGACGCACCGAGGUCAAGGUCCUUAGCCACGGGCACGUCCACAACACGGACCGCUGCCGGCGGGUACGUGGCGUGUGGAUGUGCUUCAACGGCGGCUCGUCGUAUGGUGGUUAUGGUAAAGUGGGCUUUGACCGUCGUGUGCGCUUGUAUGAUGUGACCGACUGGGGAGAGACCAUCAGCACGUACAAGCGGCUCACGAGCGGCGAGAUCAUCGACCGACAGGUCCUGGUUGGUGCAGGUGCUCCAGCGGGGUGGGGUAAAUGGUUCGAAGCUAGAUAUGUAUAG